CCAGUGCUUAGAUCAGUACAGCGAAGGAGCGAGAGCGAAUCGAUUUUAAAUGAUCUUGGCCUAAAAGUUAACAGAAAGCCCGGGCUGGAUUUAACAGGGUGCGAAAUGGUUCUCAUCCCGGGCAAACCGAUUGGAGGACGAAACCUUUGUUAUUCAAAGAUCAAUGAAGGCUGCCUAUAACUACCGUGCCACAAAAACAGCAUGCUCUGACAGGCAGGUGUUGAUUUUAGGGACAAGCUGGGCCGAUCCUCAACCUGGCACUAUGGAAGAGAUAAGAAUCAGCAUUGUAAAUGAUAAAGCAACAAGGAAUAAACGUAAUAUAGAGGAGGAAACUGAUCUAUCACCUCCCCCUAAGAAACUGCGCAGUGCUGUGUUCCUCUGCAGCACCCCAAGCUCUGCUCCACAUUGUUCACAGAAUGUAGAGGUCUUUGAUGAGUUUGAUGAUUCUUUAUUGGAAGCCUCAUCGGAUGAGAGUGACUCCCCCUUGCAUAUGACUUUGGUUCAGAUUGAAGAACUCUUGGAAGAUGACUGUGAUUAUGCUGCUGAACCCCCUAGAUGGGAUGAAGAGUCCGAUUCAGUUGGGUUUCUUCAAGAGCUGGCUGUGCCUAACGGAUCCCAAAGUGACCUAGUAGAGUUAAGAAAUCUGAAUAGUCCUUUGGCUGGUGAACAGUCAGAUAGCUCUCAAACUCUGACAGAGGAAACCGUGUGCUCGCAGGACACCAGCAAUUAUGCAGCCAUGGCUCCUUCACCAUGCUGGUCAAAUAUAUCAACUGCAGGACAGAAUGAAGAGGCUGGGGGAAAUGUUUCAACCACAACCUCUCCUGUGCUACAUAAACAUGAGAUGGACAGAGGCAGUCGUGACAGUGACAUUUGCUCAACAUUGUCAUCUUCCCAUUUGCCAGGAGAUUUAAAGGUUGUGGAUGAAAUAAGUGAAACCUCAGACAUUCCCUUUGAUGGGGACAUAGAUGAGCUCUUAACACUGAGCCCUGGAGAUACCACUUCAUCAGAGGAAGACAAAAUAACUUCAGAAUCCACUCCUAUCUUAUCAAAGCUUGAGUCUGUCCCAGUUGUACAUUCACACUCUGAAGCAUUUUGCAAAUCUUCAAGUUCGCUCCAACUCCCUGAAACCUCCCUCGCUUCAAGCACUGAACCUUCUCCCUCACUUCAGCUUUCAGCUUCAUCAGUAACUGCUAUGAAUGGGCAAAACAACUCAAAUAAAGUCCCUCCACCAACCUCAGACACUGCCCCUGGGCCCCAGCUGGGCACUGAUACGAAUAGCCAGAAGAGUAAAGGUCAAAAAGUGGAGCCCAAGAAGAAUAAACCCAUUGAACAGAUUGGCCUUAAACAGGGUGGGAAAUCUUUUGCUGCAUCUGUAGAUCAUCCUGUGAAGGAAAAUCUUGGACAAACUUCUAAAGAACAGGUGGCAGCUUCCAUUGGGUGCAAGAAAAAAGUGAAUCCAUCUCCACUGCAAGAAAAGAAACAUGGUGCUGUGCCCACAAAACCACGAGCAGCUUGCAGGCCACAGAUUUCUAACUCUGAACUGGAAAAAAACAGGAAUAUUUAUCGGGACCGGGUAAUGAUGCAUCUUGAGGUGCACAGUAUAUCUGAAGAACCAAAUUAUGAGUUGGCUUACUUACUUAAUGAAACCAGCAGAGAGAAUCCAACGUGGCAGCACCCCUCUGACUACACUAAAAGGAACUACUAUGUUAGGAGACAGCCUGCCCCUUGCAGUUUGAAUGACUGGGUGAUGCGGAAUGGGGGCCAUUCCAUACAGCGCUUCCAUGGUUUACCUUGCACAUUUAAGAGAAGUCCUAUGCCAGGAGUCCUUCCCACAGGACCUACCUGAAAUUGCAUAUAUGAGUUCACUUUUCCUAAUUGUUUUCCAUUUUUUCUGGAAAAAAUACUGGCUUUCUUAAUAACAUUGACAUUAAGCCUACUUUUUGUUCCAGCUAAAUGUCAAACUCUAUCUGCAGUGGCAAAUAAGUUUUAUGGGCAGCUAGUAAAAUCUUCCUGACCUUUGGGCAGGAACUGAUUGUUGAAUCCAAAUUCCAGACUUGGACACCAUCCAAGUUGUUUGCAGAUUUAUAUUGACAGUGCCUUGUUGGUUUUAUGACCAGAAAUUUUAUGUUUACUGAUUGUUCUGUUGUAAUAAAUGUUAAUUUUCACAGGUUCGUGGUUAUGGCCAUUAGUGAGACACUGUACCUUGAGCUUGCAUUGUAAGCACCUUCGCUUGGUAGGUAGAGAUGCACUGAAUCCACUAUUUUGGAUUCGGCCGAACCCCAGAGUCCUUCUCGAAAGAUUCAUGCGAAUAACGAACCGAAUCCUAAUCCUAAUUUGCAUAUGCAAAUGUAAAUUAGGGGUGGGAAGGGGAAAACAUUUUUUACUUCCUUGUUUUGUGACAAAAAAACAGGGAUUUCCCUCCUCGCCCCUAAUUUGCAUUUGCAGAUUUGGUUUGGCAGCUGAAAAAGGCCGAAUCCCGAACUGAAUCCUGGAUUCGGUGCAUCCCUAUUAUUGGUAGGUUCUUACAAAUCUCCUUCCCUGAACUGAGCAGCUUCUCCCUUUCUCUCUCUGUCUCCCUACAUCAACAAACAGAAAUUAUUUAGUAGUAAAAUUAUAGUGCUUAUUGUCUCUUCAUUUAUAUGUCUUCCUGCAGCUCCUUUGCUUUGCUUCUUUUCCCUUUUACAUUUUUCUGUUUGACUUGGGGAGUUCCAAAUUCUCAUUGUUUCUGUUUCAAUUGCUCAUACAUUGAAAACUUUUUAAUAAAAUUUAUUUCUACAGAAAAAA